UUUACAAAAACAGAAAUUCUUGAAAUUUAUAAAUCAACAUUUAAAGCUACCUAUAGUGGUGGUGAAGUCGAUUCAAAAGGUGUUUUCACUAAUAAUGAAUUAUCAUUAUCUGAUAUCGAUAUCUAUGGUUUUGAUUAUGAUUAUACAUUGGCCUGUUAUAAAGAAUCACUCGAUUAUCUUAUCUAUGAUUUAGGACGUGAUGUUUUGAUUAAUAAAUUUCAAUAUCCAAAAGAUAUUGAAUUACUUGAUUACAUUCCAGAUUUUGCUAUUCGUGGUCUUCAUUAUGAUAUUGAAAAUGGUUUUCUAAUGAAAAUUGACACAUUUCAUCAGAUACAAUUAGGUUCAGUGUAUCGUGGAUUAUCGCCAGUACCUAGUUAUGAAAUUAUACGUCUUUAUAAUGGUCUUUAUAUACCAAGGCAAUAUAUUCGUGGUGAUAAUUAUGAAGAAAAUGUACGAAUGAAACAAUUGAAUGAUUUAUUUUCCGUACCAGAAAUGUGCCUACUAUCAAAUGUGACUGAAUAUUUUAUACAGAAUAAUAUAUCUUAUUAUCCGGAAAUUCUUUAUCAUGAUGUAACCAAUGCCAUAAGAAGUAUUCAUCCAGUUAUACAUAAAAUGGUUGAUUUACAAAAAAUGCCCGAUUAUUUGGAAAAAAAUGAACGUUUACCAGUGUUUAUGGAACAUCUUCGAAAACAUAAUAAAAAAGUAUUUCUCAUCACCAAUUCACCGUUUCAUUUUGUUGACAAUGGAAUGAAAUAUAUGAUUGGUGAUGAUUGGCGUUCAUUGUUCGAUGUGAUCGUCGUACAGGCUCGUAAGCCUUCAUUUUUUAAAAAAGAAUCAAGACCAUUUCGAACGUUCAACUUGGGCAAUGAUCGUAUGAAUUGGAAUCGUGUAUCAACAUUGGAUAGAGAUAAAAUCUACAUGGAAGGUACCGUAUCCGGAUUGCUCAAAAUGACCGGUUGGAAUUCGAAUCGUGUCAUAUAUUUUGGUGAUCAAAUUUAUUCCGAUUUGGCUGAUAUAACGUUGGAUUUUGGUUGGCGUACUGGUGCCAUUAUUGCUGAAUUGGAAAAAGAAAUUGAAACACAUAAUAGUCCGGAAUUUAAAGAAGCCGUUUCAGCAUUACAAGCACUGCAACAAUUAGUCGAUGAAGGUAAUGAAAAUAAUUUGGAUGAAGCCAUACUGAAUCAAUUGAUACAACAACGAGAUGCAUUACGUUUUGAAGCGAAAACAUUGUUCAAUCCACAAUUUGGUUCGAUUUUUCGUACACAUCAUAAUCCAACAUAUUUUUCUCGCCGCCUUUUUCGUUAUUCAGAUAUUUACAUGUCUCAAGUGACAAAUUUACUAAAAUAUUCAUUGAAACAUACGUUUCUACCACGACGUGGUCUAUUACCACAUGAAACACGUAUCUCACAAGUGGAAUUGAUUCAUCGUGGUGAAUUUCCAAAAGCUAGAUAGAUAUAGAUCAAUGAAUGCAUGAUUAGCCAUUUUUUAUUUAUUUACCAAAGAUUAAUUUAAUUGCAUUGUGAAUUAAAAAAUUUUUUUUUUAAAUUUUUAAAAA